ACUGUUGGUGGCGAGACGCAGCCGCACGACGCUGGGACCCCGCAGCCAGAAGUUGUUGCUCCUCUACUCAGCACUGCCUCGUGUGACGGCGCAUCAACUGCCGUCAGUGUGCCGUUAGUGUGGGCGCUAAGAGCGAAUUGGGGCCGCUGCGACCCCCCGCGGCGGCGCGACUGGCGCAUGCACGGCAGCGGCGCCCAUACAGCGGCGCUAGCAAGGGCGACGACGGUGCGUCCUGCUAGUGCAGCUGCUGCUAGUGGUGCUGGGGGUGGUAUGAUAAAACAGCAAGAGCCUCUGUGGGAGCGGCCGGCUUCUGCGCUUCUGACGAGCGGAAUGUCACGGGCCCGCCCGCAUUAUGCUUCUUCGUGUUCUUCCUCCACAGUGACUCACAAAAUGACAACGGCGGCGCCGACCACCACUACCCCGACAACAGCGGCU